AUGAUGUCUGGUCUCAUCAUAACCAUUUCCCUGUUAUGCAUCAGCUUUGUUCUUUCUGUAGCAAAAGAGUGCACAAACACUCCUACGCAGCUCUCAUCUCAUACUUUCCGCUACGACCUUUUGCAAUCUAAGAACGAAUCCUUGAAGACAGAGAUGUUCUCUCAUUACCAUCUAACACCAACAGAUGACUCAGCUUGGUCUAGUUUGUUGCCAAGGAAGAUGUUGAGAGAAGAGGAAGAUGAAUACAGUUGGACUUUGAUGUACAGGAAGUUCAAGAACUCAGACAACGCCUCUGGUAACUUUCUCAAGGAUGUUUCUUUGCACGACGUUAGGCUGGAUCCAGACACCUUCCAUUGGAGGGCUCAGCAGACAAACCUUGAGUAUCUGUUGAUGUUGGAUGUUGAUGGUUUGGCCUGGAGCUUCCGUAAAGCUGCUGGUCUUGCUGCUCCAGGAGAUCCCUAUGGAGGAUGGGAGAGACCAGAUAGUGAACUCCGUGGCCAUUUUGUCGGUCACUAUCUGAGUGCAACGGCUUAUAUGUGGGCAAGCACUCAUAAUGAUACUCUCAAGGCAAAAAUGUCAGCUCUCGUCUCAGCUCUAUCGGAUUGCCAGCAGAAACUUGGCACUGGAUAUCUCUCUGCUUUUCCUUCCAGCUUUUUCGACCGUUUCGAAGCUGUAACGCCUGUUUGGGCUCCUUACUACACCAUUCACAAGAUUUUAGCCGGUCUGGUGGAUCAAUACAAGCUGGCUGGGAACGGCCAAGCUCUAAAAAUGGCGACGUUGAUGGCCGACUAUUUCUACGAACGUGUCCGUAACGUGAUCAAGAAGUACAGCGUUGAACGACACUGGCGAUCGCUAAACGAAGAGACCGGUGGCAUGAAUGAUGUUCUGUAUCAGAUAUUCAGCAUCACUGGUGAUUCAAAGUAUCUGCUACUCGCACACCUCUUUGACAAGCCUUGCUUUCUAGGGGUGCUUGCAAUUCAGGCCGAUGAUAUUAGCGGAUUCCACUCUAACACGCAUAUUCCCAUUGUCGUUGGAUCCCAGCUCCGCUACGAAAUCACUGGUGAUCCACUCCAUAAGGAAAUCUCCAUGUUUUUUAUGGAUAUAGUCAAUGCUUCUCACAGCUAUGCAACUGGAGGAACAUCAGUCAGUGAGUUCUGGCAAGAUCCGAAGAGGAUGGCGACUACGCUGCAGACUGAAAACGAGGAAUCAUGUACUACUUAUAACAUGCUCAAGGUCUCUAGGAACCUCUUCAGGUGGACCAAAGAGGUCAGCUAUGCAGAUUACUAUGAGCGGGCUUUGACAAACGGUGUGCUUGGAAUUCAAAGAGGAACAGAUCCCGGAGUGAUGAUCUACAUGCUCCCAUUGGGUAAAGGUGUUUCUAAGGCUGUCACUUAUCACGGUUGGGGAACUCCUUAUGAUGCCUUCUGGUGUUGCUAUGGCACUGGAAUCGAAUCCUUCUCAAAGCUAGGAGAUUCCAUUUAUUUUCAAGAAGAUGGGGAAUCUCCAGGUCUUUAUGUCACUCAGUAUAUAUCAAGCUCACUCGACUGGAAAUCUGCUGGUCUUUCUCUAUCACAGAAAGUUAAACCAGUUGUGUCGUGGGAUCCGUACAUGCGUGUGACAUUCUCUUUCUCUUCUUCCAAAGGGGGAAUGGGGAAGGAGGCGACUUUGAAUCUAAGAAUUCCGGUCUGGACAAACUCUGUAGGUGCCAAAGUAUCUUUGAAUGGACAAUCCCUGAAAGUACCUGCUUCAGGUAGUUUUCUAUCAAUCAAACAGAACUGGAAAUCCGGCGAUCAAGUAACGAUUGAGCUACCGUUGAGUAUCAGAACCGAAGCUAUAAAAGAUGAUCGGCCGGAGUACUCAUCUCUUCACGCCAUACUCUAUGGCCCUUACUUGUUAGCUGGACACACGAGCAGCGACUGGAGCAUCACAACUCAGGCUAAAGCUGGAAAAUGGAUAAACCCUGUACCUGAAACUUAUAACAGUCACUUAGUCACACUCUCGCAACAAUCUGGAAACACAUCUUACGUCUUGUCAAAUAGCAACAGGACCAUCACGAUGGAAGUAUCGCCUAAGCCAGGGACACAAGCCGCUGUUGCAGCGACUUUCAGGCUCCUGACGACUGCUGUUUCUAAAGCAGGGGUUUUGGGUCCAGAGGAUCUAAUUGGAAGCCUGGUCAUGAUCGAACCGUUUGAUUUCCCUGGCAUGCUUGUGAUGCAAGGAACAAGUAGCUCCAUAGCGGUUCAAGAUUCUUCUUAUACCGACCAAGCAUCUUCUAGCUUCCGGUUAGUAUCUGGAGUUGACGGGAAGCCAGGAAGCGUGUCGUUAAGACUAGAGAGCAAAAAGGGUUGUUAUGUGUACACCGACCAAACAUUAAAGGCGGGAAUGAAACUGAGGCUUGAAUGUGAUUCAGAUGCGACAGAUGAGAAGUUUAAACGGGGAGCAAGCUUUAAGCUAAGCAAAGGGAUGAGCCAAUACAAUCCGAUGAGUUUCGUGAUGAGCGGAAGAGAGAGGAACUUUGUGUUAUCUCCGUUGUUCAGCUUUAGAGAUGAAACUUACAAUGUGUACUUCAGUGUACAAACUUGA